UGUGUCCCCCCCCUCCCCACCCAGCUGGCACAGAAGUACGACCCACAGACGGAGCGUCAGCUGCGUGUCUGGAUCGAAGGAGCCACCGGGCGCCGCAUUGGGGACAACUUCAUGGAUGGCCUCAAGGAUGGCGUCAUCCUUUGCGAGCUCAUUAAUAAGCUGCAGCCUGGCUCGGUGCAGAAGGUGAACGACCCCGUCCAAAACUGGCACAAGCUGGAGAACAUCGGGAACUUCCUGCGGGCCAUCAAACACUACGGGGUGAAGCCCCACGACAUCUUUGAGGCCAACGACCUCUUUGAGAACACCAACCACACGCAGGUGCAAUCCACCCUCAUCGCCCUCGCCAGCCAGGUGAGGCGAAGCAACGGCCUUGGGGGACUUUGUGGGUUACAGGGG